AGCCUCUUGAAACGACUGGUCGUUAAGCUCAUACCAUGUUGAAACGACUGGUCGUUCAGAAACAAAUUGUCGAUAUCUGUGUGUUAAACCCUAGAUCACGCAGAUGCUGGCAGAUCACACCGCAACAUCCAUGGACUGUGAGGGGAAGAUAAGCAUAUACAGAGCAGUGAGAACCAUAAAACGAAGAGACAACACUCUCUACAAUGCUUUGAGAUCCAUAUACGAAGAUUCGAUUUUUGUUGGCGAGAUCUCCCAGCUAUGGCCCGACCUUCCCCUUCUCUCCAACCUCCGCUGCGGCCUCUGGUACUCUUCCAAAUUCUACGCUACUUGCUACUUCAAAUCAACCGAUGGCCACACCAAUAAUUGGUCAUUUAACACCUCUCGGCUCAACCUUCAUGUUGCCCAGCUUGCUGGGCAGAAAGGAGGGUGUAUCAUUGUUGACUCUACUCGGAAAGGGAAACGGUUUCCAGAUAGCAUGUCAAAAACAAUACCCAUUUGGACUUGUGUUUUGAAUCGCUCCAUUCUUAACCAUAUCAGCAAAAUGCGAGAUUGUGGGACGAUAAUGCAGGAGGAGGCUGAUUCCUCUAAGCAUGCUGAAUAUACAAGAAUGCUUUCUCAUAAUUGGGAUUGUUCUCUGCAUCUUCCCCUUUGGGUCCCCGAAACAGAGAAAGCAGCUAUUGAGGAACGCAUAGACGGGUGGACUAAACAGUUGGAAGACAGUGGAGCUGAUAUUGCCUCAGUUGCAUCAUGCUUGAAAAAGCCUCUACGACCUCUUUGGAUAUCACAAAAGACUGUCAUCUGGUUGAAUGAAGUACCUGAUCAUGAUUCCUGGGAUUUCACUCCUAUUAUCCUUGUUUCAACCUCCCCUUCAAGCAGCAUUUAUCAACACCGGACUACCUCUGAGUUUAGCUGGAGUUAUAUAGCAGGAGCUGGAGAUGAUGAAGAAAGUUGGGCAAGGGGGCUCUCACCCAGUCUUUUCUGGAAACAUGCAUUUGAUUUAAUAAGUUCAGGGCCUGAUCUGUGUAACCAGAAGGUGGCUGAUAUUGUUGAAAAGGACAGAGUAUAUCGUGCUCAAAGGGGACAAAAUGCUCCUCAGGUGACUUUGAAGCCUCUAGAAAGGUUAGACAACAUGGCUGAUUUUUCUCAAGUAGACUCCUCAUCAUCUUUGGAUCUAUUUAAUGGGAAUAUUACUCUAAUGUCUUGCAACAAAGAUCAUACGAUGUUUUGGCUAGGCUCGACUAAUCUUGCAUUGGGCACAACUCAACUUGCUGCACACAUUUCUGAUGUUGAUUGCAUCUUGAACUGCGAUCAAGAAUCCUUCCACACCCAUAUACAAGAUAGUAAAACAUAUUUGCAGCUUCCGAUGUUGAGCUCAAAACUGGAUCGUUUUUCCAUAUUAAGCAAUCUCCCUGUUGCAGUCAGCUUUGCAAAGUCAAAUCUUGGCAAAGGGAAUAGACUUCUAGUUUGUUGCCACAAUGGGGAAGAUAUCAGCGUGUGUGUUUGUCUUGCAAUUUUGACUUCAUUAUUCAGUGAUGCAGGAACCUUUGAUGAUGGAGAAUCCUACAGAAAUACACGAAUUACUAAGUGGGAGAUGAGGCGGAGACUUGUUUUCAUCUGUAAAUUUGCAGUGAGUGCUCGUCCAUCUAGAGGAAAUUUGAAACAGGUCUUUGCAUUUCUGACUGGACAAAGAUCGCCCUCUUCACGUUCACAUUGUAGGAAUGCUAACCAGGAAGAAUGUUGCUAAAUGGAAACAAAAUGGGAAUUGUGGCAGUCUCUUGUUUUAACCAGUGAAUCUGCAGUAAAAGCUGAAUCAUCACUUCCCUUCUGGAGAAAGAUCAGACUCUUUACUUUCACAUUGUAGGGAUGUAAAGGAAGAAUGUUGCUGAGUGGGAGGUGCAGUGGCAUCUUGUUUUAUCUGUAAAUUUACAGAAAGUUCAAUUAUCCAGAGGAAAUUUGAAACAGAUCUGACUUCCCUUUCAUGGCAAGUAUUGAAAUGUUAUUAUUCAGGAAAAAGAGAGAAACAAAAGUUCACAUUCGGUUCUACCUCAA